AGGGGAUUCGCGGUGGUUUAUUUGUAUUGUUUAGUUAUCAAGCGUCCAGCGUAGUCGAAAGCGUACUAUCUCGGCCGCAUUCCUCGUAUCGACCGUUGCCGUUCAUUCGCUCCGCUCGCAGUUUGAAUUUGGCGCGCGAACAGAAGCCGUCUCCCGCGCCAUUGACUUGACAGCCACAGUCGGACUCGCCCAGCGGACCGCCGCCUGUGCGAUGCCCAGAACUUUUAGUUUUAUUUUGUUUUUAUUUAAUUCAGUGGUUCUACCGGACUGGUUUUUAUUAAACACGAAGAGACUUUAAGUGUAGUUUAAGUGAACAAACAGUGAUCUAAUGGAAUAAACAGUGAUUGAUAGUAACGGACGCUGCCCCCACGCCGCAUCGUAAGUUUAUAGUACUUACGGCGUACUACGAUAUUUAUGAUGUUCGAAGAGAGAAAAGUUAAUAUCGAGGGUGUACCCUUGAACUCAGCGACAGCAGGUGCGGCAAACAUAUUUCUGAAUUCUGGUAACAAUACUAAAGCGAAAUCCGAUGGCACUGUCAUUCAUCUCAACACAGAAAAACCUACGGAGGUCGGCGUACAUAUAAACACGACACUGUCGAUAGCGUCUUCUAAGAAAAUAAAGCUGUUAUUCAUACUGAACUUUUUGUUGAGUGUACUUUGUAUGGUGAUAAGUAGUUCCAUAGCAUUUUACUACUGGAAUGAGAUGAUUUCAAUGCGAAGACAACUGGAGACUAUGAGAGAUCAGUUCGUAUAUCAAAGUGUGAAGGAUGGACAUCAAGAUAGUAUCCAGCAGAGUGCAUUAACCUCCGUGAGGUCUUAUAAGCCUGAAAGAGAGCCCCGGAUGGACCCUAGUGUUGAUGAAUCUAAACCUAGAAGAUAUUAUGUCGAAGACUUGGGUGAAGAUAUGUUAUUAGUAGACUCAAGCAAGAAGGCAGAGAAAACAGACAAGACUGAUGGUGAUGUGCCUGUGUCAGGCUUACCAAUAUUCCAAAAAGAACUUCUAGUCGCUCAAUUUAAUGGUGCUAUGAGUGAAACCCACUUGGGAUCAAAAUCAAUAAUUGGUCCAUGGGAGCGUGACGUGAACGUCUCGUCCAAAGGCAGCGAGUCCAAGAUAGAGCUGCAUUCGGACAAGGACUACGUCACGAUCAAAGAGAGUGGGCUUUAUUUAGUCUAUGCUCAAAUAGUAUACUUAUCCCGAGCCCCGAACUGCUACUUCCUCUGGGCGCGGCAGUCCUCCCAUCCCCGCCUGCUGUCGACCUGCGCUACAGGCGACAACACCUCGAACAAAAACCCCAAGCAGGCCCAGAUGUCCUGCUCCGUACAAACGGUAGCCAGGUUCAACACAGGCGACACCGUGAACCUGGCCCAGAGGGAACCCAACCAGAUACUGUGGCUGAGACCCGGGAACUCGUACUUUGGGUUCGUGAAACUUAGUUCCUAAAAUAUGGCUGUGAAUGUGAUAGUUUUUG